AAAAGAGAGAGAGAGAGAAAGAAAGACAGAGAGAUAUACUUAUAAGACUCUCUCUUUUUCUUUCUUUCUUGCUUGCUUUUUAUUAUUUAUCUUCAUCAUCAUAUCAUAAUCACAGUCGCCUUCAAUUUUCUUGUCAAACAAACACCACCCAGAAAACACGAGAAAAGGAAGCGAGAAAGAGAAAAGGAGAGAGAUUGAUGGCUCGUGCUAUGGGGAUGGGGAUGGGUUUGGGUUCGUCUUCUUCGGCAACUGUAGCGGUUGAUAAAGCAACAAGCGAUCUUUUAAUCGGUCCUGAUUGGACUAUGAAUAUUGAUAUUUGUGAUUCUGUUAAUUCUAAUUACUGGCAACCCAAGGAUGUAGUGAAAGCUUUGAAAAAAAGGUUGCAGCACAAGAGCCCUAGAGUCCAACUACUUGCUUUGACGCUUUUGGAGACAAUGGUGAAGAACUGUGGUGAUUAUGUCCAUUUUCAAAUUGCUGAAAGGAAUAUAUUGGGGGAAAUGGUGAAAAUCGUAAAGAAGAAGACAGAUAUGCAUGUGAGAGAUAAGAUUCUGGCUUUGAUUGAUUCUUGGCAAGAGGCAUUUGGCGGGCCUGGAGGAAAACACUCUCAAUAUUAUUGGGCAUACGAGGAAUUAAGGCGUGCGGGAGUUCAAUUUCCCCAGCGUUCAUCAAAUGCAGCUCCAAUAUUUACACCACCUGCGACCAAUCCAACAUUGAGGCAUGCCCAACCUGGUUAUGGAAUGCCUAGCAAUUCUUCUAGUAGACUUGAUGAAACAAUGGCCGCGGAGAUUGAAGCCUUAAGUCUGUCAAGUUUGGAUUCCAUGCGGGAUGUUAUGGAGCUCUUGAGUGAUAUGCUUCAAGCUGUUAACCCUAGAGACCGUGAGGCUGUAAAAGAUGAAGUUAUAGUGGAUCUUGUCAACCAGUGUCGAUCCAACCAGAAAAAGUUGAUGCAGAUGCUAACUACAACUGGGGACGAGGAACUUCUUGGUAAGGGUCUUGAACUAAAUGACAGUAUGCAAAUCUUGCUUGCAAAACAUGAUGCUAUUUCUUCUGGCUCUCCUAUGCCAACUCAAGUUAUAAGUUUAAGCCCCAAAUCAAGUGAAGGAUGUUCCUCUGACAUCAAGCCAACUGAAGCAAGAGAUGCCAGCCCAAGAUCUACGACUAAUUCUGCCAUUCCAGUUGCUAAUGUGACAACGAGUGCAGUAGAUGAAGAGGAUGAAGAGGACGACUUUGCACAGCUUGCACGCAGGCAUUCCAAAACACAGUCCGGUUCAUCUCAAAGCUCAGGUGGAACAAAUGGAGCUCUUGUGCCAUUGGAUGUCAGCAUGCCCACUGCAUCAACCUCUUCCCCAAGCAAUUCUCUGGCACUUGCUGAUCCAUCUCUACCAGUUAAAACCAUGAAAGAUCAGGAUAUGAUUGACUUUUUGAGCCUUGCCUUGUCAACAACAUCAACCUCUCCUCCCACCCCUCCCACCCCACCAUUCUCCAACCAAGCCAUGCCUCAGAUACCUCCUUCCUCCAGCACACAAGGUUAUCCCUAUGUUUCUCAAACUUAUCCUGUAAACCAAGGGCCUGUUCCAUACAGCAGCUAUGUCGUUCCAUGGGCCCAGCCUCAAACUCAGCAGCAUCAAUUACAAUCUCCAUCUCAAACCCAGUUACAGACUCACUCUUACCAACAUUUACGUCCUCCAUCACGACCGCAGCAACAGUUGCAACCUGAACCUGAACAGCAAUCGAUGCCUCAGCCUCAGCAGCAUUUGCAGCAUCAAUCUAAACCACAAUUGCAACCUCAGUUCCAGCCACAGUUGCGACCUGAACCCCAGCAGCAAUCAACGCCUCAGCCUCAGCAGCAUUUGCAGCAUCAAUCUAAACCACAAUUGCAACCUCAGUUCCAGCCACAGUUGCGACCUGAACCCCAGCAGCAAUCAGUGCCUCAGCCUCAGCAGCAUUUGCAGCAUCAGUCCCAACCUCAGUUCCAGCCACAGUUGCAGUCACAACAUCCUCGAUACUCAUCUGUCUACCCACCUCCACCCUGGGCAGCUACACCUGGAUAUCUCAACAACCAAAUUCACACAUCUACUACAAAUAACAUGUUUUCAUCCCCCCGAUCCAACUCAACUGCAUCUUAUACUCCCAUGCAAGCAGCUAGACCUAUGCAGCAAUUUAAUUCCCUUCCCACAAGAGUAGGCAAUGGAUCAAUUAUUAAUGGUGAUUCAAGUUCUGCUUCUAGGGUACCUGCACCUCCAGGACAAAAGCAGUCCUUUGUUCCCUCUUACAGGUUGUUUGAUGAUCUGAAUGUUCUGGGAAAUGCUGAUGGAAGGUUUAAAAUGAAUGGUAGCACACCGCCAAGCUUAUCAGGAUCUUCUGGCCAAAGUAUGGUGGGUGGAAGGAAGUGAAAAGGUAGUGGUUUAGGAUUACUGAAACUGAAUUUAUAUCUUUUGUGAAUAUGUCUAACGCUGGUGAAUCUCUCAGUUUGGAGUGUCUAAGAAAGUUCUUUAGAUGUAUCUAAGAAGGUUCUUUAGAUAGAAGCAAUUAUAGAUUUGCGCUCCCAUUGAUUGGUUGUAAAUCCAACUCUUGUGUAGCUUUGUUUGCUUGUCUCAAUACUUAUCUAUGAUUUUUCUCGAUAUAUGAAAUUGAUGUGAGUUUUAGUGGUU